AUGAAAAAGUACCAGCUAAUAGGCCGCAAGCUGAACAAUAGAUUUCCUAAAAGAAAAGAGCCAAGCAAUUAUCCACUAUUACAUUUACACUCAUUACCGUUGGAGAUUCAACUACGAAUAUUUCGAUCGAUAUACAACGAUGGACAGUCCUUGUUACCAGUGGCUCGAGUCUGUCAAUCUUUUUACCACAUCAUUUGCAAAUACUUUAUCUACCGAAAAGUUGAAUUCAAGACAUCGCUUGAAUUUUUCAAGUUUGCCAAUCAACAUUUAACGGGAGAAGUGAGCAACAAGAUCAAUUAUCUCGAAAGUGCCACAUUUAUCAAUCCACAGGUUAAAAAAUCAUCGAAUCAGAGUAUCAAUAUUGCUGGAAGUUAUGCAGUAGAGUCAAACACUCGAACGAUGGACACGUUGAGCUACACUGAGUUUAUUUCAACCUUGGGCAAUUUAUUCACCCAUGCUUAUGGAUUAAAGUCCUUGCAAUUUACUGAGAUUGCACCGGAAUUUGCUUUCCCAUUGGAGGUAAAGCAGAAAACAUCCACUAGUUUGUUUAAACGGAAGGUGACCAAGAGGAAAAGGAGCUUGGACGCGUUGGUUCUUAGACCACAAUCAGGGUGGUCGAUCCCGUUAAAAGACAUUCACUUGUCACUAUUUUGUGAAUAUUUUGAUACAAUCAAGGAGUUGCAUUUGAUUGAUUUCAUUAUUGAUCAGCCAAUAAAUGUUGACAUUAAAGUUGAAAAAGUCAUUUUUCAAUCAUGUUCGUAUUCCAUCAAAAAGGUGAAAUCACCAAGUCCUUUGUUUAAAGAUGUAUCUGUGUUGGAACUACAAGGUCUCACGAGCUCAAUGCAACUUUCAUUGAUUGAUUUGGUCAAAUUAAACAACAAGCUAAACACGUUGAUUCUCGAUCUUCAAUCCAGUGUAUUUUAUAUCAACGGGGAGUUUAAUUUCACAAAGUUUAAUCCAUUUUUUCGACUUUUAUGCUCAGGUGAAGGCAAUUUUGCAAACUUAAAAACCCUUGUGUUGAAGAAUUUUGACUUGUUUAAUUACCUCAAGCACGACGAUUUACACGAAGAUGUUGACUCAUGGAUUGAACCGCCAACUAAUAACUUUGAUACUUUUAUGAAGUAUGUUUCAUUUAUGUCUAACUUGGUGCUUGUAUUGAAAAAGACGCCAGUGAAAGUAAAUACUUGCAAGAAAUGUGGAUUCAAAAAGCAACAACUGGAUAAGUUGAUUGAGACUUUGACACCUCAAGAGUGGGAGAUUUUUUUGAAGCCAUUGGGAUUGCAAGACAACAGAUUGAAAAUUGAACUGCAUGAUUCGGUUGAUCUAUACACUAUUUCAAAAUACAACUAA